AGCCAGCGGGGGAGGCUGACAUCACCGCGGCAGCGGCCCUUUAAACCCCCCACCCAGCCAGCGCCCCGUCCUGUCUGUCCAAGUUCAGACACGAGAGCUCUUUGCCUCCUGCGAGCCCGAGGAACCCCUCUCCUACAACAUGGCCAACAAGGGUCCUUCCUAUGGCAUGAGCCGUGAAGUACAAUCCAAAAUUGAGAAGAAGUAUGACGAGGAGCUGGAGGAGCGGCUGGUGGAGUGGAUCGUAAUGCAGUGCGGCUCCGACGUAGGUCGCCCGGACCGUGGGCGCCUGGGCUUCCAGGUCUGGCUGAAGAACGGCGUGAUUCUGAGCAAGCUGGUCAACAGCCUGUAUCCGGACGGUUCCAAGCCGGUGAAGGUCCCCGAGAACCCUCCGUCCAUGGUCUUCAAGCAGAUGGAGCAGGUGGCUCAGUUCCUGAAGGCAGCGGAGGACUACGGGGUCACCAAGACGGACAUGUUCCAGACCGUCGACCUCUAUGAAGGCAAAGACUUGGCGGCUGUGCAGAGGACCCUGAUGGCCCUGGGCAGCUUGGCGGUGACCAAGAAUGAUGGACACUACCGUGGAGACCCCAACUGGUUUAUGAAGAAAGCCCAGGAGCAUAAGAGGGAAUUCACGGAGAGCCAGCUGCAGGAGGGAAAGCACGUCAUUGGCCUACAGAUGGGCAGCAACAGGGGGGCCUCCCAGGCUGGCAUGACGGGCUACGGACGACCCCGGCAGAUCAUCAGUUAGAGGGAGGGGGCCAGGCCCCCGCCCUGCCCCUCCCCAGCUCGUCGGCUGCAGCCAUCCUGCCUCGCCUGCCUCACCCACACCUGUGUGUUCCUUCAGCCCCGGCCAAGCUUCGAGGCUCCGUCACUGAGCAAAGGUGACCGCACUUGGGCAGCUCUCCCCCCACCCCUCAGCCUCAGCCCAACUUCUUGCCCCAAAGCACCGCUCCUCCUCCCAGCCCCCUUACCGUCUCCCGGUCUUUCCCCAUCUGGGCCAGGCAGUGGGGCCAUGGGCUGGGGGGGCCUGGGCGGGGGCAAGUCCACUAUCCUCCUUGGCAGCAGAUGCCCUUGAAGGAAACCCAGCCCAACCUCCCCCCAUUUUUUUUGCUGGAAUAUUUUGGGGGUUGAAAUUCAAAAAAGAAACAAAUAUAUACAGCAAUCUUUUCUCA